AAGAAUAGCUUUCCCCUACUGCCUUCCUUUCUUGCCCCUAACUAUAGCCCCUUUCACUCACACAGGAGGCUGUGGUUUAGUAGUCUUACCCCCUAACCCCCCACCGCAAGGCCCAGCAAGAGAAAGGUGGGGCCACACUAGGAACAACUCAGCAGGACAUCCCAGCUGCUACCACAGGAAAAGGACCCAAGCACAGCAUGAAGGGGGACUGGCAUCCAGCUGGCCUGAUCUUGACCGUCAUUCUCCUCCAGGGUAUUGUGGCCCAGGAAGACCAAGGAAAAAAGCCAGUGGAUUUGGAUGAUAAUCGACAAGAUGGGACUGUACAACUAACCUGCAACUUGGAAAGGGAGAUUGUCCAGUGGAUUGCAGGGGAAGAGGUCCUAAAGGAAACUAAGAAAACAUUGAACUUGGGAAGUAUCUUCAAGGACCCCCAAAAUGUAUAUUGGUGCAGAAACUCAACAAAUGAAACAAGAUCCGAAAAGCAGUCUCUCCCACUUCAUGUGCAUUACAGAAUGUGCCAAAACUGUAUUAAGCUGGAUGGAGGCACUCUGUCAGGUUUUAUCUUAGCUGAAAUCGUCACUGUUUUCUUCCUGGCUGUUGGCGUCUACUUCAUCGCAGGGCAAGAUGGAGUAUGGCAGUCAAGAGCUUCGGACAAACAGAUUCUGCUGACUAACGACCAGCUUUACCAGCCGCUCAGAGACAGAGAAGAUGACCAAUACAGCCACAUUCAAGGGGGUCAUCCCCGAAAGAAGUGAGCUCCCAGGCUCAACCUGAUGGCGCCCUCCGACUCCCUAAAACCUAGAACCCUUACCUCUGCAAUUCUGACUGCUUCUAAAUAAGGUUCCGUUUUUCUAGCCUGACUAUAACUGUCCAUCCUUCCUGAUCUCCACUGAUGGGGCUCCAUUGAGCCCCAGCACAAGCUGUGUGGUUGCACUGAUUGAGGCAGGCCCCUUUCCAAAGUGCCAGGGCCACUGUGGAUUUUCUUGGUGGCUUGCUGUUAAUGGCAUUUCAAAAACAUGUUCACUGUAUGCCUGCAAAUUCUUUUCCAGCUGUGCCUGGAACAUUCUAGGCAUUGAAUAAAUAUGCAUUACUAGAUUGUUUAGAAGCACUCUGCUCCAGAAGGCAAGGCCUGAAAAUGAUAAAGGAGAGAGGCCUGGUUUCUUUAAGCAAGCUGUUUCUGUUCUCAAUCGGCCAAUCCAGACAUCGAGGCCAAUCUCUGACUUCGGUCUCAAGGCACUUAGGGGCCCCACAAAUGAUGGAGAGUUGGAGAGAGAGGAUAUUCUGUCAUAUCCAAGUCCGGUUUAGCGUGGCCAUCUCCCUCCACACAAGGCCGCCUUGAGCCAUGUCUCAUAUACGCCACCUACUGGUAGGUCGUUGUCUGAAAAGGAAAGAUGGAAGGGAUAGCAAGGGAGGCCUCUCCCAUGUGUGACGCUUCGGACUCUUCCACAGUGCUGUAUAAUAACUUGUAUUUACACAGCACUUCAAGGUUUAUGAAACAUUUUCUAGACAAGGCCUUAUUUUAUCCUCACAACCAUCCUUUCAAGAAGGUAGUACAAUUAUGAUCACUGCCAUUCAAUGAUGAAAAAAUCGAAGAUCAGAGAAUUAAUUUCAAAGGAUCAUAGAACUAGAAACAGAUGUUAUUUCAGGAGCCAUCUAGUCCAAUCCUCUCAUUUUCUAUGUAAAAAACUGGGGCCUAUGGAGGUAAAGUGAGUUAUUUGCCCAAAUUCACAUAGAGAGGGGUGGAUUUGAACCCAUGGCAUUGAACUUAGGAGGUGCAUCCUGAAGGAAGCUAAGGUUUCUCACAGUAAAGGCAGACCAAGGGAAGUGAUUUGCCCAUUAUCCUAUAGCUGUUAGGGGGCAGACUAGGGACUCAGUCUCGGGUCUCCUGACUAAAUUUGUGCUCUCCCCACUAUAGCCCUGCUGCCUUUUAAUAAAAGUUCACAUUUACUUAGUA